AUGCAGAAGAAUCCCGUACCCGAGAAAUGGAAGAAGGAGCCCGAGCUUCGAGUGGCGCUGGCCCGCAAAAGCUUGGCCUACCUGUCUCGCGAGCUGCAGGAGUUCAUUGCGGCAGGGUUCGCACGAGAGCAGAAGACGAGGCUCGAUGACACCCUGAAUGCGUUGAAGGCUUCAAGGGCCGACGAGGAAACGCGGCAAAACUUGCUGCUGGCGAUCCGCAAGGAACUGCCAUGCCUGCCAGCACAGCAAGCGGAGCAGCACCUAUGGCGAGCCUUUCGCCACAAGGUGAACUCCCUCCGCUGCUUGGGGCAGAGAGCGGUGCUCCUCGCACUUCAGGUCUCGAGCCGUGAAGGUGCAAAGGAUCACACAGGAGCCUGCCAUGCAUCCGAAUCAUCAGAUGCGCGGAAGCGCCGCCGCACGGAGGCCUCGGCAGCCGAGGGCGGAGAAAAAGGAG